AUGCGUCGACAUGGCUCCGGCCAGAGGCAAGUCACCAACAUCAGUGUGUCCCAUGCCGGCGGCGCUGCUGCGGCAUACCCAGCCUUCACUUCAGUACCAGACUUGAAUGAGAUCCAGUCUCCAUUAGCCGGCAUGAAACCUCUUCUGGACCAAACUUCUAAUUCCCCAUUUUCUACUUCUGGAACGGUCUUCUAUGCCAACCCUCCUUCGUAUGAGCCUACUAUUGCUGGUGAUCCAUCCUACCAGGACCACCUGAGGGACUGCUUCCCGAGUCCUUCAUCAAACACAAACUGCUAUCUGGAUAAUUCACAACUCAAUAUCUUGGGUGACACCAGUCACCAGGAUCUGCACAUAGGCGUGAACACGGACCCUCCCACUGCUGAUCCUUGGUCUCAUCUGGUGGCGACACAGGGAGGAAAUCCUCCAUUUCCACAAAGUCUCUCGCCCACUGGGGUAGUGGUCCCACCCCAGCAAAGCAUCCGGAAAAGGCCUCGGGACAGGUCGCCAGGUAGUGGAAGAGGUUCAUUUAGAGAUUCGGCAUAUUCUACCUUGCCGCAAGAAGCUCGACAUGAGCAAGAGGCCAUGCUAGGUCUGUCGUCAAAUUUCAACAACAUCAACAUGGAUCAGGACAAUAUGAGUCUCCAGAGUCUCCAACAUGGCCAACACCCUUUACCUGAAUUUCAUCCACCAAGCCAACAAGGAGAUUUUCCUACUUAUCCGAUGCAAAUGAACCCGCAGCCAUAUAUCGACCAGUCGUCUACAGUAUCCCGCCAGACCAGUAAACCACAAAGACGUGGUCGGGGGACAAGUCCCACAACAUCCUUGUUGUGCGAGGAGUGUAACUACACAGCCAAGAGCAGGUCUGACUUGAACAAACACAACGCUCGGCACGACAAGAAGUACAAGUGCGAGACUGGCGACUGUGCGCGACAGGAUAAAGCAUUUCCUACUUUGAAUGAUUUGGAUCGUCAUCUAAAGUCCGUGCAUGGCAUAAACAUUCGUCGUACCAAGGACUACAGGUGUUUUGCGAAAGAUUGCACGAAGCCAGACAAGACAUGGCCACGUCUCGACAAUUUCAAGCAACACCUUAAAAGUAUGCACAAAAGCGAGGACCUGGGCGAACUUUUGAAGAAGUCCGAACAGUGGUAUGAUGAGUUGAUAGCGACAACACAGUCGCAGUACAAUGAUGAGACGAGUUCCAAUUAUCAGCAAAGUCAAGUAUCUGUCGGCGACAUCAAUGAAGUGGACAACAACAAUCUCAUGCACUUCCAACCAACGCUGUCGAAUCAGUAUCCGGAACAAGUCGAUCCUAAUAUGCAGCAAAUGAUGAGCCCUCAGCUUGACAUGAUGGCACCUUCACCGAUAGACCCAAGGCUGCAAACCCCGCAUGCCAGACUACAGGACACUCAUCACCUUAACCAUAGAUUCAACAUUCCACAAAGUCGGUUUCAAGGAAGUCAUAACCGACGAGCUUCCAGCCCAGAACCUUCAUCCGUCAGAGUCCAGCAACGUCCUGUUCCUUUCCGAAUCAAUACAACAAACAUGAACUCGCAAAUCACGAUGAUGCAACGCACCGUAUCCCAGACUAGUCAUCCUCAGACUCAAAGCGCAUUUCCCGCUGCUAGUGCCCAAAACCAAUUUACUGACUUUCCACAACUGUCAGAUUACCCCUGGGACGUCCGCAUGGGCGUCUUACAGACGAGAGGGAAUCAAUACCUGGAGUUGCCGACGAGAGAACAAAAACGUCCCCACACGACACCUGAUCCGAUCCUUGAGCCAAAUCGAAUAGCGACUGAUUUCUCAUCCCCUCUUGAGAUACAAAGUGCUCUUGAUCAAGGGACCAACAACGACGAGUUAUUAGGCAACAUGGGUUGGAGUGCCGAUGCUGGAGGAUUACAAGCAACCCCUCAACACCCAGCUCUCGUUGUACACCCCCCUUCUGAUGAGCCCAACUCACGAAGAAGCACACUUCACGUUGUGGUUGAGGAAGAAAUUCACCACUUCCUCCAGCAGUAUAAAGAUCAGGAGAGCUCUCUUUUGCAAGAAGAUAUCAGGAAGCUCAUCAGACUUUCGCUGCGAAAUUCCUUCGACACCAUCACCAAUGCCGAUAGCUCUGUACGGAGUAUGAUCGGUCUGGCUAACGAUAAUGAGCAACCUCCAACUCCAGAAGGAAAGAAGUCACCUGCUGACAAGGAAGAAUCUUUUCCUUGCCCACACGCAGGUUGUUCAAGUGUUUCCAAAAGGGCAAGUGGACUGAAGAAGCAUUUACAACGCCACAAAAAGCCAUAUGGUUGCACUUUUGAUGGCUGCAACAAGGUCUUUGGAAGUAAGAACGACUGGAAAAGGCAUGAACAAGGUCAACAUGAACAAAAGGAAUGUUGGCGUUGCCACAAGUGUGAGAAGGCCUUCUUUCACGGGCAAAACACCUUCAUCGAUCAUUUAAUGCAGGAACACGGAGUCAAACAUACAGGCGAGGCGAUGAAGCAAGCAAAACUCCGGAGUAUUCCACGCAAUAAUCAACGUCAAUUUUGGUGCGGAUUCUGCAAUCGGAUCGUUUCUCAUGAUCUGACCGGCGUUGAGGCCUUCAACAGCAGGGCUGACCACAUUGCCCUCCAUUUCAAGGAAGGAAAUUCCAGUGGUGAUUGGAUUGAACUUCGUGGAUGUGGAAAGACGAAAGCUGCCAUGAGAGACGAGUCUCGGGUACAAAGUCCUGCCAGCGCUGAGGAUGAAGAAGAGGAAGACAACCCUGGGCGACAGAACGCGCAGAUGAUGCCGGAGAAUCACUUGGUCAACUCUUUUGCACCAGGGAAUUCCAUGCCUAGCGGAUCUCCUACUGGACACCAAAGCCUAUCGCAGUACUCUUCUUCAACCACUGAAAUGAAUCUUGGUAACAUCAAUACCAAUAUGAGCCUCGGUCCAUCUGGCAUCAACACUCAAUGGGUUCAGCAACUUGGCACCGGACAUGAAACUAUGUCGACUCAAAUGCAGCCUAGCCGUCUUUCUGCCCCUGCCCAAUACAUCGUUUGCUGCCAUUGCAACAACUCAUACACCAUUGCACUGAAACAAAUAUGUAUUGAUUGCAAUCACCCUGCCAAAGGCUGCAGCCGUUGCAAACCAAUGCUCUUCGAUCCAAAUUCUGACGACAUGCCUAUGAUGAUGAUGUGA